AUGUCAUUGCCUGAACCUAGAAUCACCUAUAAAGCUUAUGCUUACAAGAAUGGUAACAGUCCUAUUGAGAUUGUCACUGAAACCAUUGACUUGGUUAAAAACCCCCUGGGUCAAGGAUACAUUGCUCCUCCUGGACAAAUUUUACUCAAGAUCAAUUACGCUUCGUUAAACCCGGUUGAUUACAAGUUGUAUAAAAUUAAACCAUCAUUUUUGAGUCUCAUCAACUCAAAGCAAGGGUUUGGCCGUGAUUUUGCUGGUCAAGUUUUGUCAAUUGGUCAGGGAACAAACACUACUGUCAAGGUUGGGGAUUAUGCUGAAGGUAUAUAUACUCCUAUGGUUGGUAAGGGAUCUGUUGCUGAGUACUUGUUGGUUGAUCCUAAGAAAUCACCCAUUACCUCUAAACCAGCCAACAUUAACGUGGCUGAAGCUUCUGCAUUCCCAUUAGUGUUGGGAACAGCUUUGCAAAUGUGUUCCAGGGGUGGCAUUAAAUUCGCCAACAGUAAAGUGUUGGUGAUUGGUGCUGGAACUUCAGUUGGUAGAUAUGCUGUUCAAUUGGCCAGAAAUGGCGGUGCAAAAGAAGUUGUAACUACAAAUUCAGCAAGAACUUCAGAAUUAAUUGAAAGCUUGGGGGCUACUUCACAAAUUGAUUAUAGAAAAAACCCCAAUUUAUUAAAUCCAACUUUGGAAAGUGUCAAAACUUCAGGUCCAUUUGAUUACAUUAUUGAUUGUUGGGGUGGAAGUGACUUGUUCCCCCAAAUCAAUACCAUUUUAACAAAGGGGGGUGUAUACAAUACCAUUGUUGGUGAUGCACCAGGAACCGGUUUGGCUGCAUUGAUUGGAAGUGUCAAGUCAAUUACAAGAACAAUUCGUUCAAAAUUGGGCUUGUUGGGCUACACCUAUGAAUUGAUGUUGUUGGAUAACACUGCAGGGUGGAUUGAUGAAGCUAGAGAUUUAGUAGGCGAGGGUCACUUGAAAAUCUUUAUUGAUAAGAUUUAUCCCUUCACUGAAUUGAAUGAAGCCAUUGAGAAGUUGGAAAGUGGUACAGCUCAAGGAAAAAUUGUAUUGGAAGUUGCUAAACCUACUACUUCUACUUCUACUUCUUCAGGUGCUGGCUCUGUAGAUGGAUCUAGUAACAAUCCAUUUCAAUAA